AUGUUUGUCGAAGCUACGCAGAAGCUCAAGUUAAUGGAGUAUGGGGAAACGUCGAACCUGUACCAAAUGUUUGAUUUACCACUUCAAACCCUGAUUUCAACGAAUAUGGGAAAAUACAUUAUAACGGACAUUUCUGCAUUCAACACUAAGAUCAAGACGACUACGCACUUUGACUACAUUUUAGAGUCGUUGGGGUACUCUUUUGGUCUUCCUGUUGAAUCUUCACAGACGAUAGAUAACUCGAUCAAGAUAUACAACUCAUGGCUCUUUGAGUGUGUUCCCGAUGUUGUCAAGACAAAUUGGAAGAAGUACUUGAACAUCAUGAUCGAGCACUUGUCGUUGAUCUUCACACAACGGACGUUGACUCAACAACAAACGCCCGUGAUGGUUGAAUUCUCAAAUAGAGUGCUUGACAUCUAUGAUAAGGUACUAGAGGAUAAGCACGUUGACAUCGAUCAUUUAGUAAGACUUCUUAUAGGUGCGUUACAGAGUCUAGUUGUCACCCCCAAACAAGGUAUCACAAGUAUUAUGAGCUCAAAUGUGUCAUCCAAUUUCUAUAAGGCUAAAGACAAGAAGGUGAGUCUCGCCGAAGAGGUCUCUGGACGAGUCGUGAACACGCUCUAUAGAGCCUGGAUCAAACUCUUACCGACAGACAAAACACUGUGGGACUCAAUGUGUACCAAUCACAAGCUGUGGAGUGUGUUACUUCCUGUAGCUCAACAGUGGAGAACCUUCAUGUAUGUGUUAACACAAAAAUUGGUUGAUAUGCUUUAUAGUAGUGUUGAGUGCGAAAUAGAGUACAAAGGGACUACUGAACAAGUUGUGACGAAGAAUGUGAUACCUCCACAAUACGCUCACAAGAUGUGGAUGACAUUUUUGCACUUAAUUGGGUCACCACUGAUGAGUAACAACUCCCAUGUCUUUGACGUAGUUGUGAUGGCUUUGGGCGAACAAAUCGAUUUGAUGAUAUCUAAGAAGUGCACUGGGGAGACUAUCCUUCGAGUCUAUAACAUCAUCUUCCAGUGCGUUGUAUUACCUUCACAUACAAAAUUUGAGAAUGGUGUUGUCCAUGCAGUAGAAGCUAUGAUGAGGAUCUUCACAGAGACGUACGACUUCACGACAUUCACAGAACACUCUUUGAAGCAUUUCUAUCACGCAAUUUCCUUUGCGAUGUCAAGCGAAAGCGAUAAGGUGCUUGCAGUCGCUUUGAAACUGUACAACUUGAUACUCGACAAGCAAUUUGAUGGUAUUGAGAUAUUAUCAAAGACUGUUCUCUACGCCAUUCAUAGAGCUAUCUUAUUGAAAGACCCUGUCUUUGUCCAGUUACGUGGAGCGAUGAUUAACAUCAUCUCAUCCUGUGCCUCAUAUACCCCAGAAGCUGUUGUCAAGUUCAUUCCCGAACAGACAGAAGAGGUCGAGAAGAAGUAUACAACACAAUAUUUAGUGAUGCUCAAUUUGUAUUUGAUAUUAAAACAUCAAACAGACGCAGUUAAUGUCUAUGAAGUACUCACCGUCUUACAUCGCUUCUUUAUAGAACACUUACAACACAACUCAACACCAGCUAACGACUUCACCCCAGAUAUUGUUAAUACACGUGCUCCACAGACUCCAGGAGAGUUAGCGUGGUACUUUGUGAAGGUCAUUAACUAUAACCAAGGCAUCUUAUUGAACUCAAAUACUCUUCCACAGAACAGAAGAGCUAUUUUCGACGUUGUGAAGUUAUUGAUUCAGUACUCCAAGUACAUUCCUAAUACUAAAGAAUUCUUGGCAGAGGUCUUUACUAUUCUUUCCGAGUUCUUCGAUAAAUGGAAGAAGGAAAAUGAACUCUCUCUCAUUGCAGAUGCCCUCCCAGUACUCACCGCGUACUUCACGGAAUUGGGAGAGAGCGUCACGCAACAACAGAUGACCGCGCUGACUGUUUUAUAUAAGAAGUUGACUUCCAUUGAAACCUUCUAUAAAACUAAAGGAAAAGAAGAUCCAAAUUAUGAAGAGGCACAUGCCUUUGUCACUGCGUUGAACUAUUCAAUCACUUUGAUGUACCAACACCGCUUCAUCAAUGCACCGACGUUCUCUUCUGAGCUCUACAACUCUCAAAUUUCAGAGUCGGCACUUGAGAAGUUGUUAAUGGCACACGGGGUGACUACCCCCCUCGAACACAUGUUCAUUGCUUCUAUAGAAGGCCAGGCACUCCUCUCCUUCAUAGAACUUCCUUAUCGAAAUUCAAGUGGACUCAAAGAGUUUGUAGUGAUCAACAGAGACGGUGUAGGCAAGAAGUCAUAUAUCCUCUCUCUUAAGGAAAUAGAAGACACUGUGACUCUGAAUUACCCACAAGAAGUGAACAGUGUAGAAAGACAGAUGCCGCCACAGUCGAUUGUAGUCCCAGACCAGAAAGUAUUAGAAGAGCUGAGUGCUCUUAAUUCAGUCACACCGUUGGACACAACUAACUUCUUGAGUGAAGUUGUGACUCGAAUGAAUCCUCCACAUAUUGAAAAGGUGCCAUCGGUGCUGUACAACAAUGUCAUGCAAAUUAAACACGCGACUAAAUUCUACGCUGCGCGUAUGUUUGUGGCUUCAAUGGGAUUGUUUGCACCAGAGAGUUUAGAACGCUUGACACCUUUAGAAGUGUCUCACGAGUCUUUAGAGGCUCUAGAUACAAUCGACAAGAUGCAGUCACACGUACAUGUAGGAGUGACUAUAGACAAUUGCGAGAGUGGAGUCACGGAGAAUUUCAUGAAGUUCUUGAAACAGUUUGCUAAGAUUCGAACGAAGUCUGGGUUUGAAGGGGACGUGUCUGGCUAUGAACAAGCCGAGCAAUUGAUAGUGUACCAAGACUAUCAAUAUGAUGUGGUCUGUCACUCAAAUGUAGUCAUCCCAACGCAAUGUAAAGAAGACAAAGUAGUGAUCCGAUGGGGUAUAUCAGACAAAGUGUGUGACGACGAAAAGGACAAAUUAGUCAUUCAUGUCGUCCCAUUACCAUCUGGAGUCUUUAAUGUCUUUGCGUCGAAGAACUCCCCCAUCUUAUUACCAUUCCAAAAGAUGUUGCUCUCCGGUCUUGGUGAUGUCUUGCGAUUCGCUUGUAUCCACAAUGUUAUGCUCGACUCAAUAUCACCGUUUAAAACACGAAAAAUCGCUCUGAAAGACUUCUCAGACAAAUAUUCAAAUGUGAAGUGCAGAAGUGGGAUAGUCCAAUGGAUCUUCUCUAAAUCAAUUUCUUCUGCAAUUUCCACAGAAAAAUUAACGGAAUUUGAGUCCCAACAGAAGACGGUACAACAGUCUCAAGAGAAAGAUAAGUCAAAACUUAUUAAAGUCCAGACAACCACUACUACACAGAAGAUCACUGGGGAACUCAAAGCUGCUGAAGAAGCCUUUAUGAGGAAGAGUCAAGUGAAGAGAACUAAUACUAAUGGGGCUUUACUCUCUCCAACUACUCCGAAGAAGUAA